GAAUAAAAGUCAAAUACGUCACUUUUUGGGAGGCUAUGAAUUGGAAGUCGUAGCGGCUGUAUGUGUUUUUCUAAAUAAAUCGAAAAGUACUCAACAUACUAUAGUUUUUAGUUAGUUUCUAAAGUGUAAAUUUCAUAAAGUGUAAGAUCAAAAUGUCGUAUUCCAACAAAUAUACUUUUGCGGCUUUGCCAAGGACCCAGCGUGGCACUCCAUUGGUAUUAGGCGGGGACCCUAAAGGCCGUACCUUUUUGUACACGAAUGGAAAUUCUGUAAUAAUCAGGGAUAUAGAGAACCCGGCUAUUGCAGACGUCUAUACGGAACACUCUUGUCAAGUGAAUGUUGCUAAAUAUUCACCGAGUGGAUUCUAUAUUGCAUCAGGAGACGCGUCCGGCAAGGUCCGCAUCUGGGAUACGGUGAACAAGGAGCAUAUUCUCAAGAACGAGUUCCAGCCAAUAGGCGGGCCGAUCAAGGAUAUAGCGUGGAGCGCCGACAGCCAGCGCAUGGUCGUCGUAGGAGAGGGCCGGGAGAGAUUCGGCCACGUUUUCAUGUCGGAGACUGGCACAUCGGUGGGCGAGAUCAGCGGCCAGUCCAAGCCGAUCAACUCCGUGGACUUCCGACCCUCGAGGCCGUUCAGGAUCGUGACCGCCUCUGAGGACAACACGAUCGCUGUGUUCGAGGGGCCACCGUUCAAGUUCAAGUGCACCAAGCAGGAACACACUCGUUUCGCCCAAGCCGUGAGGUACAGUCCGGACGGAAGUCUCUUCGCGUCGGCAGGCUUCGACGGCAAGAUCUACCUGUAUGAUGGUGCUACUUCAGAGCUCAAGGGAGAGGUCGGUUCACCAGCUCACAAGGGCGGCGUUUACGGCAUCGCCUGGUCUCCGGAUGGCAAACAACUCCUGUCUUGUUCCGGUGACAAGACGUGCGCUAUAUGGGACGUGGAGACUAUGCAACGUUCCGUUUUGUUCAACAUGGGUGCCGCUAUUGAGGAUCAACAGGUAUCGUGCCUGUGGCAAGGUCAGCACCUCCUAUCGGUGUCACUGUCCGGGGUGAUCAACUAUUUGGACGUGGAGAAUCCGGACAAGCCGAGACAGGUGCUGAUGGGCCACAACAAGCCCAUCACCUGCCUGGCGCCGCGCGAUGACUCUUUGGCCGUGUACACAGCCAGCCAUGAUGGAUGUGUCACUCAGUGGGAUGUUAACACUGGCGAAGGUCGUCACAUCCGGGGUCAAGGUCACGGGAACCAGGUCAACGGCAUGAGCGCGGGCCGCGGCGGCGCCCUGCUCAGCUGCGGCAUCGACGACAGCCUGCGCCGCGCGCUGCCCGCCGCGGAAGGUGAAGUCCCGACGUACACGGAUGUUGUUAUACCAUUGGGUUCCCAGCCGCGCGGCAUGGACCACAUCAUCGAUGAUGACACCACAAUCAUUGCCACUGUCAAAGAGUUGGUCGUCGUGAUCGGCAAUAGUAAGCAGUCGUCUCUGCCGCUCAACUACGAGCCGACUUGUGUCAGCAUCGACACCAAGUCGAGACAUGUUGCUGUUGGAGGCGCGGACAACAAAGUCCACAUAUACACGCUGGACGUGCGCACCCUGCACCAGAGCGUGGAGCUGCAGCACCUGGGCCCCGUGACCGGCGCGCGGUUCAGCGCCGACGGCCGCCACCUGGCCGCCUGCGACGCCAACAGGAAGGUCGUGUUGUACUCCACCGACGAGUAUAAGUUGGCACACAACAAAGAAUGGGGCUUCCACACGGCCAAAGUGAACUGCGUGGCGUGGAGCCCCGACUCGCUGCGCGUGGCGUCGGGCUCCCUCGACACCAACAUCAUAAUAUGGAGCGUCGCAGCGCCCGGCAAACACGUCAUUAUAAAGAAUGCGCACCCGCAAAGUCAGAUCACGGGAAUAACGUGGCUGGACGACGAGACUGUAGUGUCGGUGGGCCAGGACGCCAAUACGCGCGUGUGGAACGUGCCUAAGGCUUGAACUGACUAAACACGGUCUUUAUAUUGCGAGCUGUCUGUGAGCAAUUCGAUAAGUUAACUUUUUUUUUUAAUAAUUUUUGUUUUUAUACAUACAUACAUAAAAUCACGCCUCUUUCCCGGAGGGGUAGGCAGAGACUACCUCUUACCACUUGCCACGAUCUCUGCAUAUUUCCUUCGCUUCAUCCACAUUCAUAACUCUCUUCAUGCAAGCUCGGCGGUUUCGGGUACUUUUGACCUGACCCUUUACCAGGACGUCCUUAAUUUGAUCAAGAUAUGUUUUGUUUUUAUGAUGAGUUAAAUCCGAGUUUUUUUUUGUAACACAUAUGUAUCAGAUAUAUAUAAUAGAGUUAGAACUACUUUUAGUAUAUUGCAAUUGUCAUAUUGAUACGAAAGAAUAGUUAGUACGGCCCCUGUUGGAAUUUGUAAUUUUUUAAAUAUUCAAUUCAUGAAAAUUUUGAUAACAUGGAAAAAAGUUGACUCAUUGAAUUUAUUUCAAAAUAUAGGACUCCAAAGUAUUUUAUAAAUGAAUUGUUGGUAGCGAACCUAUUUUCAAAUGUUUUAUCAAUAAAUUUUAAAUUUUAUAGGUAUGCAACAUAUAAAUACAAAUCGAAUUUUGCUAUCACGACAGACAUAUAAUUGCUAACAGAUAGCUCUCAUAUAAAGCUUUUUCAUAUAAUAUACAUAGAAAUGCCUAAUUAAGGGACUAUGUUAGCAGACGAUGCAUACAUUGAUUUCUAUCGACCCUGCACACCGUUGUAUUUGAGAUUUAAAUCUCGAGUGACGUUUUAAACUGCCUGAGAUUUUAUAUAAGCAUUUAAAAUGUAAAAUAGAUUUUGUAUAAUUAUACUGAGAAUUGAGAACCUCUCUUUUUGUAGUCGAAAAUGCAUGUAGCGUAUGCUAAAUAGUAUUGUAUGGUUGGAUACAUUUUUUAUAAUGCUAAGAACUGAUAUUUUAACGUGUCCAGUAUAAACUAUGAAACUUAAUUUAUAUUUACUACAUCUACGCUAUAUUUCUACUUUUAUAUAUAACGAUCCAAAUUUACGAAGCUAGCCCAGAAAUAUUAACAUGUUAUUGGAAUGUGACCUUUAUAUUAAGUAAAUUAAGGUAGAAAUUGUAAUAUUAUAAAUGUGCUAUGCACCAAAUCUAAUAUAUUGAAAACGCGACUAUAUGCAACAGGAUAUAAAGAUCAUAUUCCAAUGAAAUAUGUACUCGAGUAUUUUUUUAUGAACGAAGUUCCUGAUUUCUCCAACUAUAUCCCAUAUAAGGCGACUAUUUUAAAAAAGAGUAUAAUUCGUUUAUAAGUAAACAUGAAAUGCUAACAUAUUUAUUUCGCUUGUAUUUUAGUUGUAAUAUUUAAUGCUCAGUUAGACGUUGUAACUUAUUUUUUGGUACUAACAGAGAGAUUACACAUUUUUUUGUAUGGGACUGACAUAUUUGAUCUCUUGUACGUUAUACGGUAAGAUGUAAAUGGUACGGAAAGUAGUUAAUAUAACCGUUAGGCUUCUGUACACUCGGAAGAUUUUUGUUUAUUUUUUUUAAAGAUUUUGCGAUAUUAAUUUGAAAAAUAUUCAUUUUCUUUAAAAUAACACAAAAAUGUGGUGGAAAAAAUGCUGCAAAUAAUGCCUGGUGGCUAAAUUGUAAUAAAAAUACCUGUCAUCUAUAAUAAAAAAAUGUAUUCUCGACAAAUCGAUGUAGUCAGUCCCCAAAGAAAGAUUUUCUGGCGAGAAAUUGUGAUUUUUUUUAAUGAAGUUGUGAUCUGAAAGAUCUAACGUAACUAACGUGUGCAAGCAUUUAAAAUUGACAUUUAGCGCGCUGUUCAGAAAUGUAUAAUGGGUCUAUAGUUUUUGCUAAGAUUAAUUUUGCUUUUAGGUUAAAGCGUUUAUGAAGACUAUAGCUCUAAAUGUUAAAAUUCUAUCGUUCUAUAAAGUCUCACUUAAGAGCAGGACGGAAAUAUUUUAGAGUGAAUGAAAAAAAAUCACAAAAAUAUUCCUAUUUGACAGCUGUCAAAUGAGACAUUGUUGAAUGGUCGUAUUAUACGUUUCUGAAUAUAAUUAAGUUUUUUUUUACAGUAUUUUAAUACUAAUUUCUUAUUAUAUAUUUUUUCUUUGUUUUAUACGUGGUCUACUACUAAAAUGUAUGUAAGAUGAAAUAAAAUGUAUACACUUGUA